AUGUCCGCUAACAUCGAAAAGAAGGCCACUAAGGCCAAGUCCUCCUUUGAAGACAAGGUUUCUAAAGUCGCUGAUGAUGCCAAUGUCUCAGAAUCUUCUUUCAAGGAGAAGGCUGCUGAAGCCAGUAAGAAUCUUAAGAAAACUGCUUCGAAUGCCACCAAGAAGACUGAGGGCUACCUUAAAAAGACAUAUUCCACUGUCUCUGAUUAUGUUGUUGGUGCUGCCAUCGCUACCAAGGACACCGUUGUUGCCUACCCUGUUGUCACCUUCAAUCUUACCGCUGUUUUGGCUACUGGUAUUACUCUCUAUGCCACUUCUGAAAAGCAAUGUCAUAAAUGCACAGCAGAGACUUGUAAGACCGUGUCCAGCGUUUUGGCCGGUACUUUGGCCUUGGUUGACUCUGCCGCUGUCUAUUAUUACCACCAGAAAGGUUUAAAGGAGUGA